CAACCUCCUGUAGAGUGCAUUUUUGUCUAAAGUGAACGCAGUUUGAAGCUCCCUUUUCACGGAGGAGCAUAAAGGUGAGAGGUUGACAGGUGCAGUGAUUCGGUUUGGCUACUAUCCAUAUUUCAAAUUGGACAAGGACACCGCCUGUGGAUCACCAGUGACCGCUGAUGAAGCUGCAGUGCCUGGAGGGACGGUUGAAGUUGAAUGCAGUGAACCAAUCGGGGGCAGGAAUCUCGUGAUUGGUAUCCCGGCCGACAAUGCUACUUUGCAGUUGUGUGAAGUUCGAGUUUGGGCGAUACCAAUGGACCAGUGUCCUGAUGAAAUAAAGGCCGAGACGGAAUUAGAUCUUACUGACUUUUUAGUGGAUCAGUCUUCUGCUGUAAGAACUGGGAAGUAUUGGGAUGCUCAUGAAAAGGUUAUAGAUGGUCAAUACAAUAAUAGCAAUCUUCUCGGUGAAGGAGGAGAAAUCUACGGUGGAAGCUGCACGAUAACACGAGCUCAGAAAGAUCCUUACUGGGGAAUGAUUUCUCACAAGGAUUACUGCAUCAGCAAGGUCUGGAUUUUAAAUCGUGGAGACGGAUACAGUGAAAGACUGACUGGUGCAGUUGUCAGGAUUGGCACAGAAAGGACAGCUAACCUGAACAAUAACACUGCUUGUGGAUCGCCAGUGACCGCUGAACAAGCCGCAGUGCCUGGAGGGACAAUUGAAUUUAAAUGCAGCCAGCCAAUCAAGGGCAAUAUUUUCAUCAUUGGUAUUCCGGCUGAUAACGCUACUUUACAGCUGUGCGAGUUGCGAGUUUGGGCCGUUCCUAUGAAGCAGUGUUUUCCAGAUUUUGAUGAGUGCAGCAGUGAUCCUUGCCAGAAUGGUGCUACAUGUGUGGAUGGUAUCAAUGAAUUUUCCUGCACAUGUGCUGCUGGUUUCACUGGACCUCUCUGUGAAGAUGAUAUUGAUGGGUGUAGCAGUGAUCCUUGUCAGAAUGGGGCUACAUGCGUGGAUGGUAUCAAUGAAUAUAAGUGCACGUGUCCUGCCGGUUUCACUGGACCUCUCUGCCAACAUGAUAUCGAUGAAUGUCACAGCAAUCCUUGUCUUAAUGAAGGUGUUUGCGUUAACAAAGUAAACAGUUUCAGCUGUAAAUGUCCUCCCGGCUAUAAUGGCACCUUAUGCGAAACUGAUAUCAACGAGUGUAACAGUAAUCCUUGUCAAAAUGGUGUCUGUGUUGAGGGUGUCGGCAGUUUCACCUGUGAAUGCUCUACUGGAUACGAGGGGGCAACCUGCGAAACAAAUAUUGACGAGUGUGUCAGUAAUCCAUGCCAGAAUGGUGCUACUUGCGUUGAUGGUAUCAAUGAGGUCUCGUGCACUUGCCCUGAAGGCUUCACCGGGUCUGUCUGCGAAACAGAUAUUGACGAGUGUUCCAGCAAUCCAUGCCAGAAUGAUGCCAAGUGUGUGGACGGUAUUAACAAGGUGUCGUGCAUCUGUGCACCGGGCUUUUCUGGAGAGCUUUGCCAAAAUGAACAUGCCAACGGACCGCCUGAUAAUAUGCCUCAGCUGCCCCAAGGCCUGUCUCCGGCAGGUGUUGGAGUUGAAAUACAAACAUCUUACAUGCAAAUGAACCUUGUCACUGAGUACUGCGUUAAGAAAGUUGUCGUUCACAAGAGUGGAGAUUGCACCAGCAACCGUCUGACCGGUGCUGUAGUCCGUGGUGGGACCAGCUCUACCAGUCUAAACAACAGUGUGUGCGGCACUCCCCUGACCGCCCAACAAGCUGAAAUUCGUAGGUCUACCGUAGAUUUUGUCUGUGACCCUCCCAUGACGGCCAAGUUUGUCACCGUGGACAUCCCACUGCUGAGGCUUACCCAGCAGCCGCUGUGUGAAGUAACGAUAGAGCAAGCCACUCCAGGACCUUGCUAAACGUCCACAAAUCCGAAGAACGCCAAUAGUUCAAAACGACAAAAAUGAUUCAUUUUAGACAACUAAAACAGCUACAGUGUAACAGUGAUUAAUUUCAGAGAUCUUUUCAUUUUUUGUGGGGUUAGGACCUAUUAAUGGCAAUUAUAAUAGGCUGCAGAUAUU